CAGUGGCUGCGCGGAGCCAGUGCCGCGCUCCCCGCAGCUGCCGGGACCGGCACAGCCGCCUCGCUCUCUCCGCGCACCGCCGGCCCCACCGAGCGCCUAUGGGCAUCUGCAGCCGGCGAAGGCUUCGCACCACCGCCACCAGCAGCAGCGGCAGCGGCAGAGGGCGGCGACCGCCACCCGGCUUCACCGUUCCUUGGGAUCUAUAGCCGGCGGACGGACCGCUGCGGUCCGCGCUGCGGACCCUUCCCCGCAUCCGUGCAGGAUGAUUUGGAAAUUUGCCUUGUCCGUUUUUCUGAUGGCAACGCUGGUUCGAGUAACGGACACGAGGAAAAACCGUCCUGCAGGCGCCAUUCCCUCUCCGUACAAAGGCAGCAGCAGCAACCACUCAGAGCGUAGGCAGCAGCUGAACAAGGAGGUGUUGGCCUCCAGCCAGGAGGCCUUGGUGGUCACUGAGAGGAAGUACCUCAAGAGCGACUGGUGCAAGACGCAGCCCCUGCGGCAGACUGUCAGCGAGGAGGGCUGCAUCAGCCGCACCAUCAUCAAUCGCUUCUGCUACGGGCAAAAUGACAUCCAGUUAUGA